AUGCGACCGGUUAUAAUCGCAGUAUUCUGGUUGGCAUAUAUCCACGUGGCUAGCUCCGCUUGCUGCACUUCCCUGGCGAUCCUUAACUUUAAUAUCCGCGGAGGAGUCUGCGGUGCAGUGGGGGCCAAGAGCAACGGCAGUGGUUGCCAGAUAAAGAUUUGCGCCAACGGAGAGGCUUUGGUGGGAACCUACUGCGGCAAGGCGGCAUGUGAUAUAUUCGGAUGUGAUUGCAUCAAGGGCUGUUUACAGGGUAACUUUGCCCAGGACUUUCUGAAAAAUAACUUUGCAUACGGCAUCGAAUUAUUGGGCAGUGAAAUGGUCGAGGCUUGUUACCUUUGCCAAUUCCUCGGAAACAACAGGGGAAGAAAAAAGGGAAAGUAA